CACGAACGACACUUGUUCCUUCGUCAUCUUUGAGCUCCUGGAUACUCAUCAGACGACAAGGCAAUAUCGCUCAACAUUGAAACGAAGAGCGGCCGUGAAGAAGCCACGAACGAAUUGUAUUUGACACCCUGGAAGCUUUGGUGGGUUUAUUCCAAGUCUAGGUUCAGCAUCCUCCAAGCUUGAGCUCCACAGCGUCUGUAUCCCUCUUCUUCUCAGCAACGUUGACCGUGAACUUACAAGCUUCCUAGACUCAACUCAGAGAGGAAUUAUUAAAGACCUACAUAUAUCCUAAUCGUCAUCAUCAUCAUGUUCUUCACAGGAGGUCUGCAAGAGGGCAUUGCCACUGCACUUCAACAGAGCAAAUGCGUCUUUUGCUUUGCAGACGAGGCCGAGAGCCAGACUUGGGAGGAUGAGUAUCUGACAGAGAGCUCGAUUGCGACUCUGCUUCAAGACGAAGCCGUCGCGCUGCGCCUGAAGAAAGGAUCGGAAGAGGCGGGCUAUCUGGCUGCUAUCUUCCCCCUGCCCAACACUCCCACCGUCGUCGUGAUCAAGAAUGGCGAUCUGAAGGAGUACAUCGUCGCAGGCACCAGCAAGGAUGAGUUUGUCAGGCGCAUCACAACCGCAUUUCGCGGCGCUCAGGGUCAGCCAGCAGCAGCAGCAGCAGCUGCUGCUGCUCAACCCGCGUCAGCUACACCGGCACCAGUCUCAGCUCCCGCGCCGGCCGCUCAGUCGACCGACGACCUGUACGACGAGACGCCGUACAACCCUCCCCGCGCCGCAGCCGCGCCCGUCACCGCGAACCAGCAACCCGCCAGGCCCGGCACCUCCUCCCCCAGUCCGCGCGGCCCCGCCACCCCAACCCAAGAAGAAGACAACGCCGCAACCCUCCGCGCCGUUCUCGCAGAGCGCGGCGCGCGUCUGGAAGCCCAGCGCCUCGAGUCCGAAAAGAAAGCCAAAGCAGCCCGCGCCGCCGCGGCGGAGAAGGCCGAGACGGAUAACUCCAAGCAGGCGGAGCAGACGCGUAACCACAAGGAAGCUCUGAAGAAGGCACGCCAGGAGGCGGCCGACGAAAAGGCGCGCAUCCUGAGGAAGAUUGAGGACGACCGCGCCGAGAGGAGAGCGAAGGCCGCGGAGCGUGCUGCGCUUAGGACCCAGGCUGCGUCGCCUAAGCUGGGGGAGGUCGCGGCCGCACUCACGAGAUCCGAGUCGAGUUCGCUUGCGCCGUCGAGCUCGGCCGCGAGCGGGAUGACGGCGCUGCAGGUCCGGCUUCUGGACGGGUCGACGAUCCGCUCGCGGUUUCCUAGCGGGAAGACGCUCGGCGGGGAGGUUGUGCUUGCGCCGCGGCCGAGUAGGCUUAUCGACGACACGGAGGAGGGUAAGAGUCUCGCGGAGCUGGGGCUGUCGCCGUCCUCGACGCUUGUGCUGGCGCCUGUUGGCGAGCACGUUGGUGCGUAUGCGGGAGGGUCGUCGUUUGGGGAGAUGGCUGUGACGUUUCUCUUGCUGCCGUUGACUUUGCUGCAGUGGCUUUGGGGGCUGAUCUCUGGUGUGUUUUCUGGGCCGGGGCCGAGGCGGGCGGCGGCUGAGGAGCAGGGCGCGGAGCCGGUUACGGUGAGGGAACAGAGGAAGGGCAAGUUUUCGCAGUUUGCGAAUCCUGAUGAUCGGAGGGGUGAUCAUCAGCUUUACAAUGGCAAUUCGCUCAACUUUGAACCGCGACCGGAUGAGAAGAAGGACGAGUAA